AUGUCUGUUCCUUUAACCAAAGUUGAUUCUGCCAUCGCUGGCUUGGAUAUAUCCGAUGAGAAACCGGAACCCAUUGAGAAGGAGGUCAAGCACAAGGCGCACAAGACGCACAAGAGGACCUCUUCAACAGCUGAAGGUAUCUGGAACAUCAAGGAUCUUGAAGAGCAAAAGCUGGAAAUUACUCUACCAAUCGAAACACAAAAGACUGGGUGGAAACUCAACACCUCCCCCUCAACCAUUGAGGACAAGGACAUCCUCAAAAUGUUCCUCGUCACUCCACCAGUCAAGAAGAUUGACCUACACUUUCCCCUCGGCCUUGAGGUCACCGCUCGGAACCUCAAGGGCGUCACAAUCAAAGACGCAUUAGACGCCAUCUACAAGCAGUUCAAGAAGAAGGCGGAUGACGAACUUGACAAACCCUAUCUCGCUGGCUUCGAGUGGGACAAGGAAGAGUGCUGGACCCGUUUGGUCGUGCACCAGAAGAAGGAGGGUGCACCACAGCAAAGCAAAAAGAGCAAGAAGAAGUCCAAGGACGAGGCAUAG